AUGUCACUUCAUUAUACAUUUAAAUGGCCAAAGGGUCCCGAAGACGUAAUUGUCACUGGUACUUUCGACAACUGGUCAAAGUCUUUACCACUUGUUAAACAAACAGAUGGCUCCUUUUCAUUGCAAGUCCCAUUACCACCUAAAGCUGAGGAUGUUAUUUAUAAAUACGUUGUUGAUGGUGAAUGGAGAAUUAACUCUGACGAAAACAUCACCAAAGACGAAAGUGGUAUUGAAAACAACAUUAUCUCCAAAGAUCACUUGAAGGAGUUAAUUGCUGUUCCAGGAUCCUUAAUUCCUGAAUCCGGCUUACCUGUAACUACACCAACAGCUCAACCAGUUUCUGACAAUCAAGAUACUUUGAAGACUACAGUGUUACCUAAAGAAGAACCUCACCACCCAUCUCUUGCUGGUGAACCAGGAAUUGUUAUUCCAAAGGAAAAAGACGCUUUAUCAGCAUUUGAAAAGGUUGAGGAUGCAGAUGCCAAAGCUUUGAAUAAGAAUGUUACUGAAGUUGGAACUGCCAACGCCGAGGCACAAACAGGUUCUGACAAUCAAGAUACUUUAAAGACUACAGUGUUACCUAAAGAAGAACCUCACCACCCAUCUCUUGCUGGUGAACCAGGAAUUGUUAUUCCAAAGGAAAAAGACGCUUUAUCAGCAUUUGAAAAGGUUGAGGAUGCAGAUGCCAAAGCUUUGAAUAAGAAUGUUACUGAAGUUGGAACUGCAAACGCCGAACCAGAUUCUCUAGUUGCUGUUCCUUCAACAGGUGUUUUAGUUGAAGGCUCCGAAUUAACCCCUGAAGAAAGAAAGAAACAAAAGAAAAAGGUCAAGAAAUCGCAAUACAAAGCUAGAAAGAAGCAAAGAGCUGCUGAAGCUGCUGCUGGCGAAGCCAAUAGUACUAGUGACAUUGACACUGAAGAAGCUACUCCAGAGCCAACUACUCAAGCUGAAGAGAAUAAUCAUUCAAAGGCCGCCGCUGUUGGCUUAGCUGCUGCUGGUACUGGUGGUGCAGCUGCUGCCACAAUUGCUGCUACUACUGCAUUGGCUGAUCAUCCAGACACUUUAGGAUCUACAACUAACGGGGGACAUAUUACCAGUAAAGAUCCUGUACAACCACCUAUCUACGAACCACAAACAUCCAUCGAGAAACCAAAAGAUUCUGUUACAGAACCAAAACUCGAUUCAAAACUUAAAACCACUGGCUUACCAGAAUCAAAGAUAGAUGAUAACAUAGUUAGUACGGGGCCAGAAAAGUCUCUUGACCAAACAGUCGACUCCGUUGCUAUGCCAAAAGAACCAGAAUCUGAUAUCAAAGAAACCACAACAGCUCCAGUCCCAGUUCCAGUUCCAAUUGAAGAAACCAAAGCUGAGCCAGUUGUUGACCAAACUACUGCUGCUCCAAUUCCAGUCCAAGAAACUGAAACCGAACCUGAACCUGUUGUUGCAACAUCAAAGGACGUUGCCCCAGCCGAUUAUGCCAAUGAGCCAAUUGAUACUACUGAGGAACACCCAAAGACUUUAGAUCCAAAUGCUGUCGUACCUGAUUCUGAAGCCAAAGAAGUUGAUGCAUCACCUGUCGUCAAAGAAUCUAGAAAUACUCACGAAACAGCCCAAGACGAAGAAGAAAUCAUUAUUGCUGCUGAAGGUAGCGAGAAGGAUAUCACUGCUGCUGUUGAAGCUCGUGAAGGUGCUGGUGUAACUCUUGAAGAAAUCCAACCAACCCAAUCAGAAAAGGAGAGAUUGACAAGAGAAGCCAAACUUGCUGCUGGUGUUGACGGGCCUGUCACCGUUGAAAAGAUUAAUGUUCCUGAAGACGAAUUGAAAUCACAGAAGGCUGAAUCCUCAACUAAAGAGGUCAGCCCAACUACAAAGAAAGCCGAACCAGAGAGGAAAAACACAGUUAAGAAAACUACAACAAACGGAAAGACUGAAGAAAAGAAGAAAGGUUCGUUCAGAAGAUUCUUGAAAAAGAUUUUCAAUUAA